AUGGUCAACUGGGACGCUGAAGAUAUUAAGCAAUUCAAGAAGGAAGCCCGGACUUCACAGCAAGAAUACUGCGAUCUACUCGGUGACAGAGAAUGGGACGUGAUCGAGAAUUGGGAAUGGAACAUACUCCGCAGGAAGGUCGGCUUCGGCCUGUACGGGCCGCCCGCCGCCACGCCCACCAGCGACAACCGAAACACUGGAUACGAUAAAGAACAACUGGAUGUUAUAGAAAAAAUAUGCGAUCAGCUGGUCGAGAAUUUAAAUUUCAAAAACAACAAUAUCCGCUUCGCUUGUAUUUUCGUGGUCAUGAAGGUGUUCGACAAGCGCUACACCGUCCCGGUGUUCAAAGCCAAGCGAGACGUCGACGGCUCGUCCGGAUGUGUCUUCGUGGAUACGGGCGCUCGAAAAUAUGCCGAUUGGCAAGACUACUUGAGCAACAACACUCUUCAAAAGUGCAUCUACUGUUAUCCGACGCGUGGGCUGUACGAGUACACCGAGGAUAAUGAAGUCCGCGUCAGUUUUGGCACUUCUCCGGCCUGCGACUUCAUCAGUAGAGUUUUCAGUAUCUUCGACACGGCCGCCACCUGCGUGACAGUCGUCGCCACGGGAGUGGGAGUGGCGGCGCUCUGCACGGUGCCCGUCGCAGGCCCGAUCCUGGCGGCGACCGCAGUCGCCGGGGCGACCACGGGUGCUUAUGGAGUCACUAGGAGUUCAUAUGCCUUGUACGAUCGCGCCGCUCACAGCCAAAGUAUAGCUUUCACUGACGCUGAAGCUAGAGGAUGUUGGUUGUCGAUCGUGGGCUCGAGCCUGGGCUUCGCUCAGGGCCGGAUGAUCGCGUCCAUGACGCAAUCCGCCAGACUCGGCGAAGUGAUGGGCAAAGCCGGCCGCAUCGCGUUCCUGGUGGUGCAGACCGGCAGCUUGACGGUCAACGGGAUAGGCAUCAUACACGGCCUCGCAGUCCUCAUUGACAAAAGUGAACGAAACGAGCUUACACCUUUAGACGUCUUCCAAUUCAGCGCAUCGGUUCUGUUCUUCACGAAUGCAGCUAUCAACUUAAAGACCGCCAGUACUAUAAUUAAAGAAGUGCAGCACGACGUCAUCGACGGUCACAGGCAGGUCCUCAGCAAAGAUGCCAAAAAGUUGUUCAACAAACAAACGGGAAAGCUGCGUGGUCCCGAUGAAAUGCAUGGCAACGCAAAGGUUGUGAAGCAGCUGAAUCGCAUUGAAAACUCUAAGGACCUCUACGAGAUGAUGUCCGACAAGAACGUUGCGAACCACAAGGUAAAACUGACGCCCGAUGGUUUCAAAGGAAUGCUAGAAGUCAAUAAGAACCUUAAAAUACAUCCUCUCAAACUACUGGAGAUCCCUCCCGCAUCGCGGCAAGCCAUAUUUGAUUCCACCAAAAAAUUUGCCAGCGGAACCCUCACCAAAGAUGAGUUUCAUAAGGAAAUAGGAACCUAUUGCAAGAAGCACCAGAUCGCAUUUGAAUCCAUGAGAGAAGAGACCAUGAAGAAACUUUGUCAAAUAUAUGGAAAAGAAAAAGUAAAUGACAUCGUUGUAGGAGGGAAGAAAAUAUUCGCUAAUGCCACGCCGCAUGAAAUAGACCGCUUGCGGGUCGUUCUGGAGAACACCGCCAAGAAUGACAAAACGAUCAUAGACAUGGCGACGGAAUUUGCCAGAACGAGAGGCUGCACGACUACCAAGGACUUCCUCCUUUACACCGAGUAUUUUGUAGCAGAUCUUAACGAAACGGUCAGUUCAUACGAAGCGGGUUACCAAAAAAGUUUAGCAGCCUCGAAGGCGCAACUCGGCAAAGCUUUCAAUCAAGCCAAGUUCGACCAAGAAUACGGCAUGGAGAGAGGCGUCGGAAGGGUCGAUUUACACAGACAAAGAGCUCUGGACCAAUUCAAGACUCCCGAGGGAUACGAAGACUUGAACAAGCGAUACGAAACUUUGAAAUCUAAAGUUUCCCCUUGGAACCAGAAUUGCCAACCGGGUUUCUUCGGCGAUGACGCUGCGACUUACCAUUACUUGAAGCAUUACAAAGAUUUCAAAGCUAUGGGAAAGCUCACAAUCGAGCAAUAUUUCAAACUGGCCGAGGAAGUCGUGGGGAACCCGACGAAUCAAACCAAUGCGAUGCUGAGCCAGGACGGCAGCUGCGUCAUGAUCACGUACUUGGAGCCGCAGCGGGGAGUGCGUGCCGUCAAGAUCGACCGGCAGGGCGACUCCGGGAUCGCUACGGUCAUGUACCAGAAAGUAAAGAAAGACAACUAACGUUUUCAAAAAAACCCCUUGAAUACGGUUUGUACUUUUAGCCCGCACAAUAUUAAAAUGCAUAAAUUCCACCAUUUUGAUUUUUUAAGAUUUUUUUUUGUACCCAGUGACACUCGCGCCAUCUAAUCUAAUGACGAGCCGUUGAGUAGUUACGAGCAGACAUAGGAACGGACAUAUCUGCAUACGUAUACAGCCUUACAGGCUAACACUACACUAUCCGCCGAGUAAACAUUAUAGAGGAUGUGCCGCAAUUCGUGCCAGAUCUUUUUGGCGUGAAAUUUUCUUUUGUAAUAGUAAAUUUAGACGUAGAUAGAUAUAAUAUGUUAAAUUUUUUAUAUCUACCUUUCUUACCUGCAGAUUUUCUUUCUUUUGUAAAAAGGAACCUCAAACCCAGAUAUAUACCUAGCUUAGGGGCUGUUUAUUAAAAGGUUAUUUAUUACAUAUUAAAAAUAAGAAAAUACAGAA